UAGUUCCUCAUCACUUCCAUUCUCUUUGCACGACACACCAAAGCUAUCCUGAUUCCCUGAAGUUGGGAACGCCGUACAAUACAAACAAGGAGCAAAUGCCUGCUAAUUUGCAGAGUUCCUAUCUCUUCCUCUACAAUUCUCUUCAGGCCUUUGGAUGGGCAGUUUCACUAUGGAGACUCUUGAUCAGCUUCAUUUCCACUGGGUCAAUCACUGGGGCUUACGCUUCUGCUGGACAGCUGAUUUGUUUCCUGCAAAGUCUGGCAUUCUUGGAAGUCUUACAUGGCGCUAUAGGGAUUGUUCCUAGUGGAGUGCUACUCCCUUUGAUGCAGUGGGGUGGGAGAACUCAUUUUUUACUUGCUAUUGUUCGCUCAAUCAGUGAGGUCCAGGAAUUGCCAGCAAUUUUCAUAACGUUUUCUGCUUGGAGCAUAUCAGAAGUAAUUAGAUAUUCUCAUUAUGCCUUGAAUUGCAUUAGCACUCCUCCACAUUUGGUCACUUACCUCAGGUACACUGCUUUUAUCGUGCUGUAUCCGAUUGGAGUUGGUCCUGGCGAAAUGUGGCUCAUGUACCAGGCACUUCCGAUUAUAAAAGAGAGAAACCUAUACGCAGAUCGCCUCCCUUUCAGCUAUUAUAACUUUGUUUUGGUGGUGCUUCUCUUAUACCCAGUUUUGUGGCUGAAACUUUACCUGCACUUGUUUAAGCAACGUCGUUCAAAAUUGGGUAAACACCAGAAGACCAAAAGAGGUUGAAGGAGAAGCUGCAAAUUUGCAAAGUAAUCCCAAUGUAGCCUUGUGUGUGUGUUUUCCAGGUUAUCUUCCACUCUAGUCUCAUGUGUGCCUGUGUAGUAAUUCAGAUUUCAGACAAACAGGAUGUAAUCAAUGGAAACCUAUUUCUAAUCCAUAUUAUGCCCCCAUAUAAGCAUAUCAUGGUAACUGAGGUCCGUUUGGAAAGCAGGAAAAUGACUUCUGGAAAAUGAGUCAUUUUCCGGAAAACAGUUUCAUUUCUA